AUGUAAACUAUUUAAGAUAAUUCAUCGACAAUAUUUGCUCCUGUAAUUAAUGAAGCCUAAAUUACAAUAGAUAUGGAUGAUAGAUAAUCAAAGUAAUUUAAUAUUCAUAUAUUACUUUAGAUCUCAAAUUCCAGUGAACUAUCAUGCUAAUAUGAAAAGAGUACCAAUAACAGUUGUAUGUCCUUAAUGUAAACAAUAAGGAACAACUGUUAUUAUACGUGAGGUUGGAGCAGCUACCAUAAUUGUUGGUUAUUUACUGUUUUUAUUAACAACGUAUAGUUAAUUAUUAAUUAUACAGAAUAUUUUGUUUUUGGAUCCCUUGUUGUGUAGAUGAAUGUAAAGAUGCUAUACAUUAAUGUCCAAAUUGUAAGGCUGAAGUAGGAAUAGGUCCCUAUUAAAUUCUUUGA